UACCAGAACCUACGAUUCACUAUUUAACCACUGAUUCACUCGUGCUCAAGUCAAUGCUCAGCCCUUACCUACAAUUCCCUGCCUUAUCUCGCAGAGUUCAAAAUUGGGUCGAGUUUGGAGGGCUGUUCUCGACACUUCACACAACUCUGCUGUUCCGUCCGCCGUCUAGUCUCCUGUCUUUUGCUAAGCAACUUGCCGAACAAAGUGCACGAAAUGCCUUGCAAGGUUCGCAAGCGUGACAUUCCCAAGAAGAUUUACCACGAUUGCCGCAGCACGGGAUUCCAGCCGGCAUACCUCACCCCUGGUGAACUUGAGUUGUCCACAAACUACCAACCUCGCAAGGCGCUGCCAAAGGGACCUAGGACGUUCCAUACGCCAGGAGACAAGCAUCUCGCCUCUGCAAAUGAACAGCAGACAUCGCGAAGCAGUGAGCCAUCUGUGUCGCGCAACAAGGUUCGCAUGAGCAACAAAGGCGCAGUGAGCAGGGGCUGGUCCCUCCUCCGCAAGAAAACAAAAUCGCCGCGCUCGCGAAAUGGCGGCAACGAGCAUUGUCCGGCUUCGACUCUUCUCCAGGAAGACUUUGAGCCGUGGCUUCCGGAGAGCAGCCAGCAGGCUGGUCCAUCCCCAUCGCGCGUUCAACACCGGCCCCUUGUCCUUCAUCGCGCGCCGGGCGCCUGGCCAGAUGUUCCACCUCCUGCGUACGAAUCGAACAAUGAGCAGGUCGACUCGGAUAGUCAGGUGGCCCCAGAGUUCUUCCAAGCUCCUCGUCUGAUGCUGACACCCCCGACGCCGCCUCCAUGCUACGGUUGGUCUUGAUUUGCUUUGGGAAUGCACAGAGGAGAGGACUGUUCCGAGUCACUAGACAGGUGUCUCUUUUCCGUGAGAAGAGCGCAAGAUUGAUUGUCUUUGUGCAUGGGAGUUGCGGCGGCGAAUAAAUAUGGUCAUAAAGAGGUACUUGUUAAUUCGUAAUCUCAUAAAGUUAUCCCUACUGCUUGUGUCUAAGACCUCGCCGCGAAUGUCUGCGAUGCGUCCAACAUGAGACUAACAACUAGCAAGAUGGCAUUGAAUACCGCCAUCAUGUAGAAAGGUGCGCCAGUUGAGAGCUUGUCGAACAAGUACCCUCCGAGCUUCGUCAGCAGCAGAAUAGCCGCGCCUCCACAAAGCGAAUACACUCCAGCAAUCGAUCCCUUGAGCUUGGUGCGUGCUACUGAAUUUUCCUGUGUCGUAAUUCGAAGGAGGGGCUCAUCUUCGGCAGAUUCGUCUUCAUCGGGCGCGAUUGAUGGCUCGCGUGGAGUGGUACGCGACAGCUCA